AGAGAAAACUGCUGAGUUGUGUCUUGUUCUUCCUUCUUCUCCAUCGUUUCCAUCAUCGUUUUUUCUUCUACUUAUUACCGUUUCUUCUUCUCUUCAACUUCACUCCAAAAACAGGCUCCAUUUCUCUCUCUAUCUCUCUCUGUCAGAUGUUUUCUGCUUCUUCUCUUACUAUCUCUUCUUCCUCUUCUUAUUCUUCUUCUCCUCCUUCUUCUUCUUCUUCUUCUUCUUCUUCUCCUCAUUGCCCUUCAGUGAUCAAAGGCAAUUCCCUCAUGCAAUUUCUCUUCGUUGUCUUAGUGCUCCUUUUCACGUUGCAAAACGACGCCUUUGCGGUCGAUUCGGACAAAUCCGUGCUCCUCCGUAUGAAGGCGUCGUUGUCCGACCCCGCCGGCGUUCUCUCCACGUGGACCACCGCUGACGGUUCUCACUCCGGACACUGCUACUGGUCUGGCGUCCUCUGUGACGCGAACUCCCGCGUCGUCGCCGUCAACGUCACCGGAAACGGCGCCAGCCGAGCCUCGCACCCGUGCUCCGAUUCCUCUAAACUCCCCCUCUACGGUUUCGGAAUUCGGCGAACAUGCAAAGGUAGUAAAGGUUCUCUCUUCGGAAACGUUUCUUCUGUUGGUUUCGAUUUCAUCAGUGAGCUCACGGAGCUUAGGGUUUUGUCUCUCCCCUUCAACGCGUUGGAGGGGGAAAUUCCCGAAGCAAUUUGGGGCAUGGAAAAUCUAGAGGUUCUCGAUUUAGAAGGGAACUUGAUAAGUGGUUAUCUUCCCUUGAGAAUUCACGGUUUGAGGAAGUUGAGGGUUCUGAAUCUUGGGUUUAAUAGGUUUAUUGGGGAGGUACCUAGUUCAAUUGCGUCUCUUGAGAGUUUGGAGGUUCUGAAUUUGGCUGGUAAUGAAUUGAAUGGUUCUGUGCCUGGUUUUGUCGGGAGGCUUAGAGGGGUGUAUCUUUCGUUUAAUCAGUUCAGUGGGGUUGUUCCGCGAGAGAUUGGGGAGAAUUGUUGGAAGCUUGAACAUUUGGAUUUGUCUGGGAAUUCGUUGGUUCAAGGGAUUCCGGGGAGUUUAGGGAAUUGUGAGAGGUUGAGGACGCUUUUGCUGUAUUCCAAUUUGUUGGAAGAGGGUAUUCCUGGUGAGCUUGGGAAGCUCAAGAGCCUUGAGGUGUUGGAUGUUUCCAGGAACACUCUCAGUGGCUCUGUGCCGAGGGAGCUUGGGAAUUGCUCAGAGUUGUCGGUUCUUGUGCUGUCAAAUCUCUUUGAUGUUCGGGGUGAUGCUGCCGGUGAUUUUGGGAAAUUAGGUUCAGUGAAUGAUGAGGUGAAUUAUUUUGAAGGGUCAAUGCCACUGGAGGUUUUUUCGCUUCCAAACUUGAGGAUAUUGUGGGCUCCCAUGGUGAAUCUGGAAGGCAGUUUUCAAGGGAACUGGGGUGGUUGUCAGAGCUUGGAGAUGGUAAAUUUGGCUCAGAACUUUUUGAGUGGGGAAUUUCCGAACCAGCUUGGUGUCUGCAAGAGGCUGCAUUUUCUUGAUUUAAGUGGAAACAACCUUACUGGGGUGCUUUCUGCAGAACUUCACGUUCCCUGUAUGAGUGUUUUUGAUGUUAGUGGGAACAUGUUAUCUGGCUCAGUUCCUGAUUUCUUCAAUACCGUUUGUCCCCCUGUUCCUUCUUGGAAUGGAAACCUGUUUGAAGAUGGGAAUGUUUCCUCGCCAUAUGCCUCGUUUUUUUUGUCAAUGGUUCAUGAAAGAUCACUUUUUACAUCAAUGGGGGGAAUUGGUACUUCUGUUGUUCACAACUUUGGGCAAAACAGCUUUACCGGUAUUCGGUCGCUACCCGUACCUCAUGACAGGCUGGGGAAGAAGAAUGGUUACACGUUUCUUGUUGGUGGAAAUAUUCUUACAGGAACAUUUCCUACAUAUUUAUUUGAGAAAUGUGAUAGACUAGACGCAUUCCUUUUAAAUGCCAGUUAUAAUAAUAUAUCUGGUCAUAUACCUUUCAAUAUCAGUCGAAUGUGCAGAUCAUUGAAAUUUUUGGACGUGUCUGGAAAUCAACUUGCGGGACCUAUUCCUGUUGAUUUAGGGAAUGUUGUAUCCCUUGUAUCGCUAAACCUCAGUAGGAAUCAAUUACAAGGUCAAAUUCCCUCCAGCCUUGGCCAGAUGAAGAAUCUGAAGUUUCUCUCUUUGGCUGGUAAUAAGUUAAAUGGCUCAAUUCCUACCAGCCUGGGGCAGUUGUACUCUUUGGAAGUCUUUGACCUCUCUUCAAACUCUCUUACUGGUGAAAUUCCAAAGGCUAUUGAGAACAUGAGAAAUCUGACUGAUGUUUUGCUCAAUAACAACAAUCUUUCUGGUCAUAUUCCUGAUGGUUUGGCACAUGUCACUUCACUCUCAGUAUUCAAUGUGUCUUUCAACAACUUAUCUGGAUAUUUUCCUUCCAACAGUGGCUUGUUUAAAUGCAGCAGUGCUGUUGGGAAUCCAUACCUAAGUCCCUGCCGUGGACUGUCUCUGACUGUGCCAUCAGGGAAUCAGUCAGGGCCGAUUGAUAGCAGCUCUUAUAAUUCGGAAACAGAGCAAGCUAAUGGCAAGAAGAGUGGGAGUGACUUCAGUUCUAUUGAAAUAGCAUCUAUAACUUCUGCUUCAGCCAUUGUUUCGGUACUUAUAGCCCUGAUUGUUCUAUUCUUUUACACACGGAAGUGGAAGCCAAGGUCCAGGGUUGUUGGCUCUACAAGAAAAGAAGUUACAGUGUUUACUGAUAUUGGGGUCACAUUGACAUUUGAAAGUGUUGUCCAAGCCACAGGAAAUUUCAAUGCUGGAAACUGUAUUGGGAGUGGAGGUUUUGGAGCAACAUACAAGGCGGAGAUAGCAUCAGGAAUCCUGGUGGCAGUCAAACGACUCGCAGUUGGACGUUUCCAAGGUGUUCAACAAUUCCAUGCCGAGAUCAAGACCCUUGGGAGGCUUCAUCAUCCUAACCUUGUCACUCUGAUUGGUUAUCAUGCUUGUGAAACAGAGAUGUUUCUCAUAUACAAUUAUUUGCCAGGUGGUAAUCUCGAAAAGUUUAUCCACGAGAGGUCCACGAGGGCUGUAGACUGGAGAAUUCUUCACAAGAUUGCAUUGGACAUUGCCAGAGCACUUGCCUAUCUGCAUGAUCAGUGUGUUCCCCGUGUUCUUCACCGUGAUGUGAAGCCCAGCAACAUCUUGUUGGAUGAUGAUUUCAAUGCUUAUCUAUCGGACUUUGGAUUGGCUAGACUUCUGGGAACAUCAGAGACACAUGCUACCACUGGUGUAGCCGGAACAUUUGGGUAUGUUGCCCCUGAAUAUGCCAUGACUUGCCGUGUUUCGGAUAAGGCUGAUGUGUAUAGCUAUGGUGUGGUGCUUCUGGAGUUGCUCUCAGACAAGAAGGCUUUGGACCCUUCAUUUUCUUCUUUUGGAAAUGGGUUCAACAUAGUGGCAUGGGCAUGCAUGCUAUUGAAGCAAGGAAGGGCAAACGAGUUCUUCACUGCUGGGUUAUGGGAAGCAGGACCUGGAGAGGAUUUGGUAGAGGUUCUUCACUUGGCUAUUGUCUGUACUGUUGACUCUCUCUCCACCAGACCUACAAUGAAACAAGUUGUGAGAAGGCUCAAGCAGCUUCAACCCCCAUCAUGCUAGUCCACUUCUGUGGCUUCAUCUUUUAACAUUAUUAAUCUUAGAAAUAUUGUAAUUUGUAAUUUAGCAUUUUUGUGGAUUUAGGUUGAUUUCUCAAUUUGUACUUAUUCUCCCCUUGUACAUUUUUAUAUAGUUGUGGCCCCAAUUUUGCAUACUCUUUUCUUGAUUCGGUGAUAGUUUGCUUGGUGUUGACUGUUGAAUCUGCAGAAGAAUGCAGAUAUUUGAUUCCCCUCUGGACAUGUGUAUUUGUUCAAUAAAAUUGAAAAAUAGAAUCUGUAUUUUGAAUUGUUUUU